AUGCCCUCUGCUUGCCUUCAAAAAUUCCAGCAAGAUGAGACUUUCGGUGGGAAAUCUUUGGAUAAUAGCCGAAAAGGAGCUCCCAAAUCCUUUCCCUUCUUCAACUUCAACGGAUUCCGUGUCAUUCUCCAAUGUAACUUCACAGCCAAGUAUUUCGGUGGGUUUGAAUCAUACGUCUCUGUUCGCAACUUUUGGAGGCCAGAAAUUUGGCCUUCCGUGAUCUCACUUGUCUCUACGGACCGGCCCGCGGGUGGGAAUUUUGGACUGAGAGGCGGAGAAGCGCUUCAAAGGGGCACAACAUGCAGCAAGCCAUGCACGGACACCUCGCAAAGGACUUUCGAGCCUGUCACAGAGAGCGACAAGAGGCCACCAGGCCAGUUGCGAAAAGGAACUCGGUCCGCGAUCGUGCAGGGAUCCCACUGA